AUGAAGCUCACUUUCAAGGAUCUGAAGCAGGAGAAGUUUGUGGUCGAUGUUGAACCCUCCGAGACGGUUCGCGAGGUCAAGCAGAAGAUUGCCCAGGAGAAAGGAGAAUAUGAGGCCGACCGGAUGAAGGUUAUCUAUUCUGGCAAGAUUCUCCAAGAUGACAAGACGGUCGAGUUCUACAACAUCCAAGAGAAGGACUUCUUGGUUUGCCUGCCCUCCAAGCAACCCAAGGCUGGCGGCUCGUCUGCUGCCUCCCCGGCACCCUCCACCCCUGCAGCCAAAAUCCCUGCGUCGACACCAGCAGCUCCUCCAGCUCCUGCGCCCGCCGCUUCCACUGCUCCCGCUGCACCUGCUACACCCUCCCCCGCCACUUCCGGCGCGGCGCAGACGGCCAGCCAGGAUCCUGCCUUUGGUGAUCCUUCCGCGUUGGCGAUGGGUUCUGCAGCGGAGGGGGCAGUGGCCCAGAUGGAGGCUAUGGGAUUUGCCCGGAGUGACAUCGACCGUGCCAUGCGUGCUGCUUUCUUCAACCCUGACCGUGCCAUCGAAUAUCUUCUGACUGGAAUCCCCGAGAACGUCCAGCAGGAACAACAACAGCAACAACAGCAACAACAGCAGCAGCAGCAAGAGCGCGCUGCUCCGUCUGCCCCUGCCCCCACGGUCCCCACGUCCGGUGGUGAGGAGCCCGUCAACCUGUUCGAGGCCGCUGCUCAGGCCGGCGAGGGUGGUGGUCGUGGUGGGGCUCGGGCUGCCGGAGGCGGCGGUGGUGCUGCUGCUGCUGCGGGUGGCGAAGCUCUGCCCAACCUGGACUUCCUGCGCAAUAACCCCCAUUUCCAGCAGCUGCGACAGCUCGUCCAGCAGCAGCCGCACAUGCUGGAGCCGAUCCUGCAGCAGGUGGCUGCGGGCAAUCCGCAAAUUGCCCAGAUCAUCGGACAGAACUCUGAGCAGUUCUUGCAGCUGCUGAGUGAGGAGCUGGAGGAUGAGGAGGGUUCUCUGCCGCCGGGCGCGCAGGCUAUCUCGGUCACGGAGGAGGAGCGCGAUGCCAUCGAACGACUGUGCCGUCUGGGCUUCCCGCGUGACUCGGUCAUCCAGGCCUACUUCGCCUGCGACAAGAACGAAGAGCUAGCGGCCAACUUCCUCUUCGACCAGCCGGACGAAGACGAGGAGUAA